AUGUAUUCGGACAACGGGACAACAUUCGUCGGGGCGGACCGACAAAUGACCGUCGCGUACCGGUCAGCAUUACGCGAUCCGAAUUUUCUGAACUUGACUGCCUCCGAUAACGUCUCGUGGAAUUUUAUUCCCCCGUCUGCUCCGCACUUCGGAGGAUUGUGGGAGGCGGGCGUACGGAGCGUCAAAACUCAUUUGCGUCGCGUGUUAGGGAAUCACAUGCUCACAUUCGAGGAAUUCUCGACUUUACUAUGCAGAAUCGAAGCGUGUCUUAAUUCUAGGCCGAUUGCGCCCCUCUCCGAUACGCUUGAGGACUACGAAGGUCUGACCCCCGGCCACUUCCUGGUCGGAUCCGCUCUUACUGUUAACCCGGAACCAUCAUUGCUCGAUCUCCACGAAAAUCGUCUUUCGAGGUGGCAGCUCGUCCGACACGUUACCGAGCGAUUUUGGAAGCUAUGGAGUAACGAUUAUUUAAAUACGUUACAACAAAGAGCAAAGUGGCGAAAGGUCAAGCCGCCGAUCAAAACCGGGCAACUCGUUCUGUUAAGAAAUCCGCUUUUACCCCCCUGCAAAUGGGAGUUGGGCCGAGUGACACGCUGUUACCCCGGCUCCGACGGCUUCGUCCGGGUCGUCACCGUAAAGACGGCCACCUCCGAAUUCAAAAGUCCGAUAGUAAAAUUGUGCGUUCUACCGGUCAAUAGUGAGGCAACGAGCAAUUAG